AUGGCCCAGUGGGAAGAUUUCAAUCAUAUCUUUAGCUUCAACAAGAAAUAUGCCUAUGAUGCGAAAGUCGUCGAGCAAAUCAUCUCCAACCGCCGUGCGCUGGAGAACCGGCUCUUCGCUGAUCGCCUGCUAGGACUCCUCGGGAUCAAAGGAGUGACCAAGGUUUAUCCUCCUAAAACAAACGCCGACCUACGAUCGCUUGUCGACCACAUUGUCUCAUCCGAACUGGAUAUCCAUCAUAAGCAGGCCUUGAUCUAUUACAUUCUUAAAGACUGCCGCAGUGCGCCGGACGCCGCGGUGCAGUUCGCACGAUCAUGCCAUCUACCGGAGAAGUAUCGCCUCUUUAUCGAAGGCCUCUGGAAUAUGGAUCGCCUUGAAUUCAGACGCGCAAUUGAAUAUCUCGCUGAGCCGUCUCUAAUCCCCACUUUCCCUGACGAGAUUCUCUACGCCCUCACCCUGUCCAAACUUCCGAAACAUGACGACAGCCUCGCUAUGGCUUAUUACCUCACCGCCUCUCCCCCACUUGUCAGUGAGAAGGUGCAACGAGCCUUCUUCCAAACCCUUUGUCGGUCCAGCAUCACCGAGGCCUUCUAUUUCACUCGCAAAUACGAUGAAAACCUCCGCCGCAGUUAUUUCGAGCAGUUAGUCGCUUUUGUUCAUCAGACUCCCGCCGGACAAACACGGAGCAAGCGUGCGAUGGAAUUAGUCGGGCUACCGCUUGACGAGACCGAAGAGGAAGUGUUUGAAGAAACCUUGCUCCAUGGAGAUGCUAGCUCGUUCCCCGGGGCUAAAGACACAGUGAUGAUGCGACGUUUUGCAACUGGACAAAUGGAGGGACUUGGGACUGAAUUGGAAUCGUUGGGCGGCAAGAAAGUAGAUGGGUUGAAUUGGGAUGAUCUGCGGCAAAGCAUGCGCCACACACAAAGCAUAUAUCCAUCAUCCUGA